CCAAGUGGCGUAUCACGGUGGCCGCCGUUGCCUCCAUACACAAAAGCGAUGGUCGAUGGCAUAACUGCACGCACUCCAUACACCCCAAAUAUCCCGAUAUGACCAUAAUCUCAGAUGAUCCCUCUUGGUGGCCGUUGAUCAAUUAUGCUAGUAUUUCCAGCUAUUUUUCGGCUGUAUGCAUUGCUGCGGUGGUAUACGAUUGGGUAUCAACAUUCGGACGAGAGUUCGAACUGAUCUUGAGGCAACGUUGGUCCUUCAUGACCGUGCUUUAUAUUUGUGUGCGCUACAUUGGAAUACUAAAUUCUGUUGUCUACCUCCUGUUGAAUCUCCCGAUCUCGGUUACCGACGCAGUGGGCACUAUCAUUUGGUUCAUACAGACAUGGACCCCUGUCAUCGUCAAUGCUAUGCUGGGUAUCAUCAUGAUUGCCCGGAUAAAUGCCAUGUAUCAACGAUCCAAAAAGUUGCUCAUUUUUCUUGUUGUGUUGUUGGGUUCCACCAUCACUUCUGGAGUCCUGACAGUAAUUGGAAACCUGGGUGUUUCAGGGCAGGAGGCCGUCCUUUCUGGCCACCACAUCUGCAUCACCUACACGGAGAGGUACAUGCUAGAUCGGACUUACGAGAGACUGAUAUCCACUACUGUAUGGGAGAUCCUUGCCUUGUUUCUUACAGUUUGGAUUGUUAUAAAGCACUUCCGUGAAACGCGACAAACGUCCACAGUAUCGACCAUUGGGGCCUGUUUCAUGAUUUUAGCAGAGAGUCAUGUGUUUUACUUUCUAGCCUUUGCUACUAUGGCCUGUUUCACAUUUGGUUUACUGUCUCCAAAUACGGACACAUCGUCCGUGGGGAGUGUUGUUUACAAUGGCAUUUUGUCAAUUUCCCAGAUGUUGCAGACGUUUGUGCUGGGACCGCGUCUGAUCCUCAGCAUUCGAGAAUAUCACGCCAAGCUCGUGGCUAGGGCCGACGGGGGAACAGGCAUAUCAUCGAUUAUUUUCCAUGCUGGUGAACAUGCGUUGACUGGCGGAGAUGUGUAGCACACAAGACGAUCCAAAUGAUUAACCACAGUACUGUGCGGGGAGCAUGCAUAUUUAAGUAUUUCGUUGUGAUAUUUAGGAUAGUCACGCUAUGUAUUUGGUUUUCCGAAAUGAUUUGGAGGAUAGAACUUCUCGUACUUGGCUCUGUAUGCCUUA